GUGAAAUCCUUCUUUUGGCUUCAGCUAGUAUUCCUGAGUCAGCAGAGUAUAAUCUACAGGACUCUCUGGGCCUGAUGUGAUGUCAUUACUGUCAAGGAUUGUCCCACAACCAGCUGGAAAUCUUUGAAAGCAGAGGAGGUUGUUCCUCCCCUAUGGUUGGCGUGGCCAGCUGGAUCAACUUCCGCUGGAUAUUUGCUCCGAAGAUUCUGCAGCUUUGAGGUCUUGGGAGAUCUGACGUACAGCCGGCAGAAGGACUUGCUCUGUUUAUCAGCAGUCAUUGGACUUCAGCAUGAUUACUCCCCAGUUGCUGGCUUAUGUGGCAAUUUCAGUUUCCUGUGUCUUAAAAGUCAGCUCCCUGGAUACCUUCAUUGCAGCUGUUUAUGAACACGCCGUGAUAUUGCCUAAUACCACCCUAAUACCAGUGUCCCGUGAAGAGGCAUUGGCGUUAAUGAACCGAAAUCUGGAUCUUUUGGAGGGAGCGAUCACUUCAGCAGCAAAACAGGGUGCACAUAUUAUUGUGACUCCAGAAGAUGGUAUCUAUGGCUGGAAUUUUAACAGAGAAACUAUCUAUCCAUACUUGGAGGAUAUCCCAGACCCUCGAGUGAACUGGAUCCCUUGUAAUUAUCCCAACAGGUUUGGCCACACCCCAGUGCAAGAAAGACUCAGCUGCCUGGCCAAGCACAACUCUAUCUACGUUGUGGCAAAUAUUGGGGACAAGAAGCCAUGCAAUGCCAGUGACCCUCAGUGUCCCCCCGAUGGCCGUUACCAGUACAACACUGAUGUGGUGUUUGAUUCUCAGGGAAAACUGGUGGCACGCUACCAUAAGUACAACCUUUUCAUGGGUGAGGAUCAAUUCAACGUACCAAAGAAGCCUGAGGUUGUGACUUUUGACACCAUCUUUGGAAGAUUUGGCAUUUUCACAUGCUUCGAUAUACUCUUCCAUGAUCCCGCUGUUACUCUGGUGAAAGAUUUCCAUGUGGAUACCAUAGUUUUCCCAACAGCGUGGAUGAAUGUCUUGCCACAUUUAUCAGCUAUUGAAUUCCACUCGGCUUGGGCAGUGGGCAUGGGGGUUAACUUCCUUGCAGCCAACAUACACCACCCCCACAAGAGGAUGACAGGAAGCGGCAUCUAUGCACCUGACUCUCCAAGAGCAUUUCAUUAUGACAUGAAGACAAAGGAGGGAAAACUCCUCAUCUCACGACUGAAUUCUUCUUCAUACGACCCUGGAGUGGUAAAUUGGGCUUCUUAUGCCAGUAGUAUAAAAGCAUUCUCCACAGGAAAUCAGGAAUUUAAAAGUACUGCGUUUUUUGAUGAAUUCACCUUCUUGGAGCUCACAAGAGUCACAGGAAAUUACACAGUUUGUCAGAAAGAACUCUGCUGCCAUCUAAGCUACAAGAUGUCUGAGAAGAAACCAGAUGAAGUUUAUGCCCUAGGGGCAUUUGAUGGACUACAUAUUGUCGAAGGGAGUUAUUAUCUACAGAUUUGUACUCUGCUGAAGUGUAAAACACCAAACUUACGCACUUGUGGUGAUGCGGUUGAAUCUGCUUCCACCAGGUUUGAAAUGUUUUCCCUCAGUGGCACUUUUGGAACCCAAUAUGUCUUCCCUGAGGUGUUGCUGAGUGACAGUCAGCUUGCACCUGGGGAAUUUCAGGUGUCAAGUGAUGGACGCUUGUUUAGUGUGAAGCCGCCAUCUGGACCUGUCUUGACCGUAACUCUGUUUGGGAGGUUGUAUGAGAAGGACUGGAUAUUAAAGGCUUCAUCAGACCUCAGGGCACAAGCACCGGGAGUAAUGCUCAUAGUUAUAGCACUGACUGUGUGCUCAUUCAGUUGCUUAAACAGAAUGGUUACCUAGUUAAGAAGAUCCAGCUAGCCUGAUUCCAUGAGACUCAACUAGAUACUCUCAGAGAAGCAUUGCUGAUGAACUGAUGCUGAAACCAUCAGACCAUCUGGAUGUUGGGAAAGCAGAAAGUCACACGGAUGAAAUCAUGUACUUGAUCUGUCCUUAAAUAUUCUUUUUUAGUAACAAAAGAAUCUGUUGAUACAACUUAGUGAAACAAAGGACAUCGUUUAAGUCAAAAACAUCUCUCAACCGGUAGACUAUCCACAUAGCCCCGAGAUCAGCCCCACACUAUACGAAGCACGCCCUUCUGCAAAGGAGAGCAUGAUCCAUACCAGUAAUACAUCAUUCUGAAAUAAACAUUUUUGUGGUAGAUACUUUUCAAAAAAAAAUACUAUCUCAUCCAAUAAUAUUUGAGUAAAAUUCACCUUAUACUUUUGGGUGACGUUAACUACCUUUUAAAAAGGGCCCAUUAGAAAAUAACCCCCUAUGUAUUUAGGGACCGCAAUCAUCAUGGAAAGCCUCAAUACUUCAUACAAUUUUAAUUUAAAGAAGCAAAUUGUUGUAACGGUGUUAAGUUUAAAAUAUUAAAGCCUUCAAUAAACCCUAAGGGCUUCUUUGCUAUUCUAUUUUGGCAAAUAAUAUCACAUAUCCAUUGUAGCACAGCAAAUUACUGGCAAUGUAACAGCUUAAAACCACAAACAUUCAUUAUCUGACUCAGUUUCUAGGAGUCAGGAUCUGGGAAUGGCUUAAAUGGGUUUUCUGGCUUAAGGUCUCUCUUAACGUUGUAAUAAACCUGUCCCCAGGGUUACAAUCAUCUUAAGUUCCUCUGGGCCUGAAGACUCCACUGCUAAGAUCACUCACAUGGUUGUUGAUGGUCCUCAGCUCCUUGCUGGAAGCUGGCUGUGGACUUUUUCCUUAUGCGUGGGCUACCUGAAAUUUUUCACAAAAAAGCAACUGGCGUCUCCAAGAGUGAGUGAUGAGAUAGACAAAUAUAUCUAUCUAUAUCUGUAUCUAUAUCUAUA